CAAUUAUAAUUGGUCAAAGACCAAUUGCACAUAUAUAAAGGUCUAUCUACUAGCUCAUUCCUAAUCAUAGAGAUAUAAUAUAUUAUCAAUAUGUUUAAACGGGGAAGACACGUAAUUGUGUUGAUUCUUCUCUUCUUCAUUCUUUCAUUUUCUGUUGAUGUUAAUGGAAAGCACUUUGUGCUUGUUCAUGGAGCUGGCCAUGGUGCAUGGUGUUGGUAUAAGGUUGCAACUAUGCUUAAAUCAGCUGGUCAUAAUGUUACAACUAUUGACAUGGCUGCUUCAGGUAUCAAUCCAAUACAAGUUCAAGAGAUUCAUUCAAUUUCAAAAUAUUAUGAACCAUUGAUGACAUUUAUGGAAUCUCUUCCUCCAAAGGAGAAGGUGAUUCUUGUGGGUCAUAGUUAUGGAGGGAUACCCUUAUCUGUUGCUAUGGAAAAGUUCUCUAAGAAAGUUUCGGUUGCAGUUUUUGUCACUGCACUGGUUAUGAGUGAAACCCUUAAUUUCACAAGUGUAAUUCAAGAGAAUGAGAGAAGAACUCAACAAAAUCCUCCACAAUUAUUGUUCUUUAAUGGACCAAACAGUCCUCCAACUGCCUUGUUGCUUGGAUCCAAACUCUUGGCAUCUCAUCUGUAUCAAUUAUCGCCUAAUGAGGAUUUAACACUUGGAUCAUCAUUGGUGAGGCCACAUCCUAUCUUUAACGACAUAAAACUAGUGUUGAAAGAAACAAGAGUUACCAAGCAGAGGAAUGGAAGGGUACCAAAAGUCUUCAUUAUCAGCAAAGGAGACAAUAUCAUCAAAGAGGAUAUGCAAUUAUGGAUAAUUGAGAGAACUGGUCCAUAUGUUGAAGUGAAAGUGAUAAAGGAUUCAGAUCACAUGGUCAUGUUCUCUAAACCUAAAAAACUCACCUCUCACAUUCUAAAGAUUGCUCACAAAUACUAAAUAAGCUUUCAUUGGUUUUUUUUUAUCAACAGUUUUAAGACCUUCAUCUUUAUUAGUUUGUGAUUUAUAGAUGUUGUGUAUUGUUUUUAUAAUAAAAAGGAGAAUGGUUAAAUUAUUAUUAAUUAAAUUGAUACUAGUGAUCAUUUUAAUUAAAAUUGUUCAAGAAAAUUUGAACUCCAUUCGUUUAUGUAUAAAGGUUAAUUCUUACUAUUGGGCUGAUAUGAUUUACGAACAGAUCAUGUGUAUACGAAUUCAUUCAUGUUUCUAACUAACGAAUGUUUAUUUUUUUUCAUACUAGGAAAAAAAAGAAAGUAAAAGCAUGUAGUUGAUGUAUUGUGUCUGAGUUUUGGAGAAUGUGUUGGAGAUUUCUAAAAUAAUGGAAUUAUUUUAGAACAAAAAGUUAUAACUCUUCACAAGAGUUGUAACUCUUUACGUGAAUCAUUCAUAUGUAUUGGAACCUUUGGCAAAUCAGUGAUUAAUGAACCAUAACAUUGAUUCAAGUGUAUAUGAUAACAUUUAGAAAAUGCGUGCUUAAUGAACCAUAA